AGGUGAUGGAAUGCAAAGCAGCAUUGGACGUCAGACUUUUCAGUACUCGGACACAAAUAACUAACUACUGUUUAUAUCUCUAUUAUGUUGGUGGGAGUGGAAAUCCGAUGUUUCGCAAGUCCGUCGAUUCCAUUGUUUUUUUUCUGAAACAUCAAUGAAUCAGUUUUACCAAGCUGCCUAGUUGCCCUAGUAGGCGUUGCUCUCUGCAGUAUUUAACAAGUGCACCGGGACAAAGCGAGGUAGUCUCGACAGAGCAGGAACCCGAGAGCUCUUCAGUCAAUUUGCGUAUGACCUACAGACUUCAACAGGCCUACUAUAACGUCAAUAUUGACACCAGUCUAGGGACUCUCAAAAGCAUUCACGGGGACAUUCUGUGCAAUUUCUGUAUUGAAGGAGUUACAAAGGACACAGAAAGGCAUUUUAUUGUGGAUUCUGGCUUUUUCACAACACGGCCUUCCCCCCACUGCGGUGAACGCCACCAUGAGUCUGAGUGUGAACGAGCUGACGGAGCUGAUGGAGAUGUGGGCGGAGCUUAACUUCACGGGGGACAACAUGUCAUCCCACCACGUAGAGGCUCUGCUGUGCCCGGCUGGGUUCAGCCACGCGGCGGUGCUCUACACCCUCUCUGUCCUCUACAUCUUCAUCUUCCUGGUGGGCCUGGCCGCCAACACCCUGGUGGUGUGGGUCAACCUCCGCUCAGAGAGGAACCGCUUUGAGACCCACCUGUACAUCCUCAACCUGGCUGUGGCUGACCUCUGUGUGGUGGCUACUCUCCCAGUCUGGGUCAGCUCGUUGCUGCAGCGCGGCCACUGGCCCUUCGGCGAGGCCGUCUGUAAGAUCACCCACCUGGUGUUCAGCGUCAACCUCUUCGGGAGUAUCUUCUUCCUCACCUGUAUGAGCGCGGACCGCUACAUGUCCGUGGCGCUAUUCGGAGACGGAGGGAACAGCCGCAGGAAGAAGGUGGUGCGGAGGGUGAUCUGUAUCCUGGUUUGGCUGCUGGCGCUGGCCGCCUCUGUCCCAGACACUUACUUUCUCCAGGCGGUCAAGUCCACACACUCUGACGCCACCCUGUGCCGGCCCGUCUACCCCACUGACAACCCCCGAGAGUGGAUGGUGGGCAUUCAGCUUAGCUUCAUCGUCCUGGGCUUCGCCAUCCCAUUACCGGUCAUCGCUGUCUUCUACCUGUUAUUAGCAGGCGCCAUUGGCAACGCCAACCCGCCAGGCUCCAGCGCCAUCUCAAACCAGGAGCGACGCAUCAGCCGGAAGAUCAUCCUGACCUACAUUGUGGUGUUCCUGGUCUGCUGGCUGCCCUACCACGGAGUCCUAUUGGUCGACACUUUAUCUCUCCUCAACGUCCUGCCCUUCAGCUGCAGGCUGGAGAACUUCCUGUAUGUGUCCCUCCACCUGACUCAGUGCUUCAGCCUCAUCCACUGCUGCAUCAACCCCGUCAUCUAUAACUUCAUCAACAGGAACUACCGUUACGACCUCAUGAAGGCCUUCAUCUUCAAGUAUUCCACCAAGACGGGCCUGGCCAAGCUCAUUGACGCAUCACAUGUGUCCGAGACGGAGUACUCGGCCGUGGCGGCGGUGGAGAAUAACGUGUGAUUGACCCGCUGGGAGAGGACAGGAUAAGAUGGGAUACACUUUAUUGUCCCUAAGGGGAAAAUUGUCUUGGACCCACAGAGGUGAUGUCACACAACCCACAGAGAACUGACUCUCUACCAAACAGACUCUAUUUAAGGCCUGCUGAACGGGCUGAACAGUUAACUGACUGCAUGCAGUCCCUGGGAAGGACAUCUCAAGCACAUUAGACGCACUGUAAAAGACCAAGACCAAAUACAUAUGCUCUGUUUCAUUUACAGUGUGACUCCACUUUUGUUAUAAUUUCCCCCUUUUUGAGUGAGUUUGGUUAACUUCCCCCUGGCUAGUAACAGGGGUGGGGGGUCUUCUUCAUAAAGCACUACUUCUGAACUGGAGACUUGGUGUCACCCAAACAGAUGGUUCAACAACACCGUAAACACACACACACACACACACACACACACACACACACACACACACACACACACACACACACACACACACACACACACACACACACACACACACACACACACACACACACACACACACACACUUCCCCCUGCCCUGGUCGGAGCCACAGCGGAGGGAGACGAGGUGCUCUCCCUGCCAGUGUUUAUGUGAGCAGGCAGUCAGUCAACCAGACUCCAUUACCCUGAAGGACCUGCCACUGAAUCAAGCCACUGUGUUUAAAUGGAAAUCAGGAAUGUCAAACGGACUGACAGCCGAGACCAGAGUCAAAACUCUAAAGCUAUAUUUUAUUUUGUAUUCUUUAUUCUGAUCCCCCUCAGCUGACUCUUAGCUUCUGGUCUUCGCUGGGGCCAUAAAAAAGACAUUACAAACACGAAAGCCAAUCUGUAGAAUGUGAGAAGUAGAUGUAUGUAUGUUGAUGUAUGUUGAUAUAUGUAUGUUGAUGUAUGUAUGUUGAUGUAUGUAUGUUGAUGUAUGUAUGUUGAUGUAUGUAUGUUGAUGUAUCUAUGUUGAUGUAUGUAUGUAUGUUGAUGUGUGUAUGUUGAUGUAUGUAUGUAUGUUGAUGUAUGUAUGUUGAUGUGUGUAUGUUGAUGUAUGUAUGUUGAUGUAUGUAUGUUGAUGUAUGUAUGUUGAUGUAUGUAUGUAUGUUGAUGUAUGUAUGUUGAUGUAUGUAUGUUGAUGUAUGUAUGUUGAUGUAUGUAUGUUGAUGUAUGUAUGUUGAUGUAUGUAUGUUGAUGUAUGUAUGUUGAUGUAUGUAUGUAUGUUGAUGUAUGUAUGUUGAUGUAUGUAUGUUGAUGUGUGUAUGUUGAUGUAUGUAUGUAUGUUGAUGUAUGUAUGUUGGUCAGUGAGGUGUCCAUAUAAAGCCAGGAGGAUCCAUCCAGUCCCAAACACUCCUCUAGAUGACUCAUUUAGAAAGUAUUGGUGCUUAGUAUGUAGAAUGAAGGAGUAGACUUUCAAAUCCACAUUAUUAGAUCAUUGUUUAUUCUGUAAAUAUCAUAUUUAUAUAUUUGUUGAUUUGUAGGUGCAGUGAUUUUGUUAAGUUUUGUGAAACGGAAUCAAUGAAGGUGUGCUUUCUGUGUAAUGUUAAAAAAAAUGGCAGUUAUGCUACUGUUUAAAAUAAUAUACCAUUAGUUAUAUUUUAGUUAUCUUGUUCUUUUUGUUCAACUAGUUUGCAUUUAUUUCACUACACAAAAGAAAAACAAUGUGUGUACAUUUCAGUCACAACCUGAAAAUUAUUUGCAACUGUUUUUGAAUUUGCAAACACAGUUUCUUGCCAGUCAGUUGAUGUUUUUACGCUCUUGUGUAAAAUAACAAAUAAAUGCACAAAACAGUUUA